AUGGACAGUAACCACGCUGUUUACAAGCACUUCUUAGUGCCCCCCGGCAACGAUGUCGACCACGCCACCAAGGUUUGCAAAUACUGCAAGUUCAAGUUCACGGGCGGAAUGUACCGCGCUGCGCAGCACAUCACCAGCUGGGCCAAGAUGAGGCGCCACUUCUACGGCGACGACGCCGCCUGCCUGAAGAUGUCCGCCGACGAGGCGGUGUGUCUUCUCUUCGCCGGUCUGCGCCUGCCAGAACAUCACGCCGACCAUCCCCUCUGGCGCAAUGCAGUCACGUGCAUUGCGCGGGCGGGAGCUGGAUACACCCCGCCGAAGCGUCGCGUCGUCGGUGGUGCCGGUCUCCAGAAGUGUCGCGAGCGCAUUGAAGGGGCGCUUGCUCCAGUCGCGGCGAGCUGGCGUCGUGAUGGCGUUACGAUAGCGAGCGAUAUGAUGACGGACGGCAGCGGCCGUCCUCAGGCGAACGUACUUCUCAUCAAUGACAGCGGGGCCGUCUUCGUCGAGUUCGUGGACACGAAAAUGGAGCAGAAGACGGGCGGUUACAUUGCCGACCUUCUUCGCCUGAUCAUCAAGAAGGUCGGGGCCGACAACAUCGUGGCCUUUUGCAUGGAUGGCGGCUCCAACUACGCCGCCACGUGCCGUGCCCUCAUCGCGGAAUACCCGCACAUCGAGCAGGUUCCGUGUGCGACCCAUGUCCUCGACCUUAUGAUGGAGGACAUUGGGAAGAUGUCGUGGGCGAGGGAGAUUGUUUCCCGGGCGGCGGAGAUCAUCAAUUUUGUGCGGAACCAUCACUUCACGCGCGGUUACCUGCGCAGCCCUCAAGUCAACGGCGGGAAGGGGAAGCAGGUCUUGAAGCCCGCGGGGACGCGCUUCGGCACGCAGUUCAUUGCGGUCUCCCGCCUGUGUGAAGUGCGCCUCUCCCUCCUGCAGAUGGUUCUGAGUGAGGAGUGGCGUGGCUGGGCAACUGGCGCAAGGAAAGUGAGCGCAGAAGCCUUCUGCGUGCAAGUGAUGGAUGAGCCGUGGUGGAAGCUCACGGAGUUCUUCACGGCCGUCAUGAAGGUCCCCUUCGUCAUGAUGCGCGCGACGGAUGCAACGGCCAAGGGCAUGAUGGGCCGCAUCUAUGACAACAUGCUCGAGCUCACCGAGAACCUGCAGGAUCUCCUCGACGAGCAGGCGGACGGGUUCCUGACGAGGGGGGAGGUGGGGGACAUCACGCGCAUCGUGAAGAAGCGGUGGGAUGAGACUCUCGCGUGCCCCAUGCACGUCGUUGGCAGGAUCCUGAAUCCUGUCAACCAGGAAGAAGGGAUCUUCAGGAGCGACAUUGAGUGCACGCGCGUCCUGAAGACCUACAUCACGACCCACUACGACCACCUCACCAUCACUCGGAAGGACGGCGUGGAGCGCCGAGCUUCCUUGGUGCUGCAGGAGGGGCUUUCCGCAUUCAUGACCCUGCAGGGAAGCUUUGGCCUGCUGCAGGCCAUUGCUGAACGUGCGGCAGUGAAGGAGGGGACGCAGAGCGCCGUUGAGUGGUGGAAUUGGAACGGCACUGACUUCCCCGAGCUCGCGACGCUUGCUUGUCGUGUGCUCUCGCAGCCAGUUUCAGCGGCUGCAUGCGAGAGAAACUGGGCUGUGUGGGACGCAGUCCACACGGCAAGGCGCAACCGCCUAGGCUCCCAGAAGUGCAGGGACCUAGUCUAUAUUGCGCACAACUGGCAAGUUGUGCACAACUGGUACUCGGUCCCUGCUGGCCAGGGGGUCGUCACGGGGAACAUGGAGGACCCUCCCACUCCUGAAGGCUACACAAUGGAGGAGGAGGGUGAGGAUGUGGAGGAGGGGGAGGAUGCUAUUCUUGAGGACGAGUAUGCUUAG